CGGAAAGGCAUGAACCCUCCCUCUGGAAAACGAGGACCUUCCAAUACGUGUCGUGAUAUAAGUUUGCUCUUCCCCAGUGAAACCUGACGGUCAUUGUGUAGCUUGAAGAGGAAUAUUGUUACUUCCAUACGUCGCUGUUGACUCGGCGGGUACAUUUAAUCACAUUCCUUCGCCAGAAUGCUUUUCUCCCACGUUCCUCAACGGUCCUCCUUCUCCCUGAUUGGACUCCUGCUAGUCUAUCUCGUUACGAUGGCCGCAGCACAAAAUGAUUUUCAAACCUCUACCAAGGUUCGGGAGUGCAUUCCUCGCCCUUCUACAACAAGCACAACAUCAUCAUCUCCUACAUCCACGUCAAAAGCCCUACCGAGAAAUUUUGGCAUGAUCGUCAACCGAGCCUUUGAGAUGCUCGACGUCUUUGGACCUAUCGAUGCCCUAGGAUUACUGGCCAAGAACCACCAAAUGAAUCUGUAUCUCAUCUCCGAGACAAUGGAUCCCGUCACCGUCGAGCCCGUCUCCGCUGCCAUGAAUGCCAAAAACUCGAGUUUCUUCCCCAAAAUCCUCCCAACACACACAUACGCAACAGCACCAAAGGAUAUCGAAGUCCUCAUGGUCCCAGGCGGCCUAUGGACGCGCUCACCCAACCUCAAUGCCACAAUCUCCUACAUUAAGACGACCUACCCGAACUUGCGCUAUCUCAUCUCCAUCUGCACCGGCGCCUCCGUCGUAGCCCGCGCCGGCGUUCUUGAUGGCCGCCGCGCGACGACGAACAAGGCUUCGUGGGCGAGCACCGUCGUCCACGGGCCCCGGACCGAGUGGGUGGCUAAGGCGCGGUGGGUAGUCGACGGCAACGUGUGGAGUUCGUCGGGAGUGUCUGCGGGCAUCGACGCGACGCUGGCUUUUAUUGACGAGGUGUACGGUGCUGAGGAGGCGACGUCUAUUGCGGAUUUGAUGGAGUAUGAGAGGCAUACGGAUGCGAGUUGGGAUCCUUUUUCUGAAAAGUUUAAUGUCACAGAUUCUGCAUGAGGUGAAUUGGGAAUUGGUUUGUAUGCAUUCAUGAGGUGCCAAAUUCCAAAUUCCAAAUGAAUGGCACGCAAAGAAUGAUGCUCGGGAGGGUUCAAGGAAAUCGUAAAGAAAACCAUGAGUAGACUCUAGCAAUGGGAUUCAAAUGUAAUUACCCUAAACUUCCAAUGUGGACGUGGAGUCCAGCUAAUCAUUAAGAAGACGUAGAAACGGCUAAGG